CUAAUGUAACACAGUACAGGAAAUAGACUCUACUUAGGAGUUAAAGAAGCAAUUGGAGGCUUUGCUUAUCGUCAUUGCUCGAGAGGAAUCAAGCUCUUAGUGCAUUGAAUACUUGGGAGACCGAUGACUAUCCCUGUGUCACAGUGGUUUCGACUCACUCAAUCAUAUGCACUUCAACAUACAGCGCAUGCUUUCACCUUUGCGUUCGCCUAUUCUUCGGGAGUGCUUCCAGGAUAUGUUUUGAUCACACGCUUGCACACAGGGUGAGGACCUGCACAGGCUGUGCAGAGAGCUCACAGAGAGUGAUGCAACCUGGAAGCUGCUGAUAUGCUGAAAAAUAAAGCCGAAGAAAGGCCAGCCAGUGAACUGAACAGGAGAGGAGACAUGGAGUAACAGUCUCUGACUAUACACAGCCACAGAUAGAGCUUGUUAAUGUGUUGCCAUAUACCAUGACUGAUUCUUUCUGACACAGUGUAAGGUACCCAGAGAUGUACGAUUCCCGAUAGUGCUGUGUAAGCUAUUUUACAAAGGGCCGUAUAGCAGGUACAGAGACAUUGACAGUGUUGGAUUCACUGACUGUCAGUGCAUGGAUGAAGACAGAUAGAUGGCAUACUGAAGAUAGAUGGCAAAAGAGUGUUAGAUGAACACGGGCUAAAUAGCACUGGAUGCACCCUUACAGUUGGCAGUGGAUGAGCACGGACAGAGAGCAUUGGGAUUGGCUGAUACAGACGGAGAACACUAGAGCUUGAUGAGCUACCGCAGAUAGCCGUGUAGAUCCACUGUUGGCGAGCUAGCGCAGGCAGGGAGUGGGAGGCAUAGCACCAUGAACCCCAGAGAGAGUGGAGGAGGAGGAGUGGAGGCCAUGGAGACCCAGGCGGGAGGGCUGGAGUUGGGGGAGGAGGGAGGCAAGGCCAGCCAUGGAGGAGAUGGAGAAGAGGGGGAAGAAGACAAGGCCUCAGCCUACGACUGCAACGUGUGUGGCCGCAGCUUCCCCUUCCAGAGCUCUCUGUCGCAGCACAUGCGGCGCCACACAGGCGCACGCCCCUACAAGUGCCCCUACUGCGACCACCGCGCCUCCCAGAAGGGCAACCUCAAGGUCCACAUCCGCAGCCACAAGCUGCGCACGCUCACUAGCCACCACCCCGAGGAGGAGGAGGGACCAGAGGAGGAAGAGGACGGGUCAGUUGAAGUGGGUGUGUCUGAGGGCCUGGACGGUGGAACCAGUCCGACGAAGAGCAGCUCGGCCUGUAACAGGGUCGUCAACGGAGACGCUAACACAGAAGAGGGCAUAGGGAAGACGGCGGUGAGGAGCGUCAAAAGGGAGCAGCGGCCAUAUUGCUGCCGUCUGUGCGGGUACCAGACCCAGCGCGAGGACCAACUCCUCAGUCAUAUCGAGAAGGUCCACAUCACAGCUGACAUGGAGGACGAGACUACCCCAGUGAGUCAGGAGGCAGUGGCAACGGAGGGAGAAGCAGGGACUCAGAUUACUGAUGGUGCCUUCCCCUGUGAGACGUGUGGCCAGGUGUUCACACAGGCCUGGUUCCUUAAGUCUCACAUGAAGAAACACGCAGGCCUCCUUGAGCACUGUUGUCGGGUGUGCGGCCGCCGCUUCAGGGAAGCCUGGUUCCUCAAGAGCCACAUGAAGACCCACAAUGGCUCCAAGGCCUCCGGCCGGGGGAAACCCAAGGCAGACUCCCAAGAGGCCGCGGCCACCAUCAACGAUGUGGCCCAAUAUCCAGAGACCAAUGUGUCCUCCACAAGCCUUUACCAGGUUUGCUCCAAGUGUGGAAACCUGUUCCAUGACCGAGAGAGCCUGAGGGCCCACGAGAAGAUCCACAGCCAGGCUAAGCAGCUGACACAGGGCCAGAGACGACCUAGCGAUGACGGGGACCCUCUCAGUGCCAAAAGGCUCCUCCUGGACUACCUCAGCCUCCGGCCACCGGUUGAAGAAAAACCUGAGGAAGAGAAGAGGCUCUUAGGCCAGAGGAUCCCUGAGCUGGACCCAGUUUGUAGCUACCAGGCCUGGCAGCUGGCUACGCGGGGCAGGGUUCUGGAGCCUGUGGAGGCAUACAGUAUAAAGGCUACGGCAGGCGGAGAAGGGGAUGAGGCCCUGGCUGGAGGGACCGUGGUGUACGAGAAGGAGAGCAGCCGCUACAUCAUGGAGGGCGAGGAGAGGGAGCGACGCUCAGGGAGACGCAGCAGCGCCAGCGGGGAAGGGGGUAGUAGCCACCACACCUCCCCCGGGGAGCGCACUCCCGAGAGCCUGAGCGACUCGGAGUACCGUCCCUCCUCCCGCCAGGGCCGACGUUCCUCCUCCUCCCAGCAGAGCCAGUCCAAGUCCACCGAGUGCUUCGAGUGCGGAAAGGUGUUCCGUAGCCGCCACCAGAUGAUUGCACACCAGCGGGUCCACCAGAGGCGAGAUGGGGGCAGGGGUUCCGGGUCCGGAGGGGACAACAGGGCAGGGCAAGGAGGGGACCGCUGGGGAUCCACCAGUGAUCCCGAAUCAGGCUCCCCUAGCAGGCCCAACACCCCAGGGUACGGGAACUCACUACCAGCCUCCACCCUGGGAGAGGAUGCCCCUGAGAUGGGCACCGCCAACGCAGUCCCACUGGCAGAUGAGAAGCCUUACGUCUGCAGCCUGUGUGACUUUGUCAGCACAGAGUCCUCUGCCUUCCUGUCCCAUCUACGUCUCCAGCACACCAGUGACGGCCGACCUAUUGCCAACCCCAGCUCUGAGAGAGGCACCCCCAGUAGCUUCCCCAAGCUGAAGAGGGCUCUCCUCCACGGGCUUGCUCAAUCCUCUGCCUCCCAUCCUUACCUCUCUGCCCGACCGUCGAGAGACAAAUGCACCGCCGAGAGCAGUUCACCCGCUGACUCUCACCAUGUUGUUCCUCUGGACCUGUGUGUGAGAGCCGAGGGCCACAGGGGCCCGGCCUCCUCAGCCCUUCAGCAGAAGGGCCUGCCCAGUCAUAAGUGCUCCUACUGCUCCCACUCCACCCACUACCUGGAGGUGCUGUGGAUGCACCAGACCGUCGCCCAUCGCAUCAACAGCAGCGCCCUGGCGCCCAAAUGGGCCCUCCUGAAGAAUGGCUUCAAGGGCCCCCGAGAGGGCUCAUCCUCCAGGAGACGCACGGGCCCUCCUCCCGCUCUGGAUGGGAGGGAGUGUCCCUCGUUGCCCCCUGUGGUGCGCACCCCCCGCACACACCCCCCAUUGUUGAAUAGGGGCCAGAAGAAAGACAGCAGGGACAGGGCAACCAGUCAACCCAGCACCUCUUCCUCCUCCACACAAGGGUCCACCUCCUCUGCCUCAGGUUCCCAGAGUGUGCGGCCUCCCAGGGCAGGCAGCAGCAGACAGAGAGGCGAGGCUGUGCCGGAUCAGGGCCAGCGCUCUCGCUCCAACUCCAGGCCCAGGGUGGAGAUCUACCCACGGGGAGGCUCCUCGACCGGCUCCCUGGAGAAGAGCACUGCGGCCGGGGCUCACCAGCGACCCUCAGCCCCUAGCCCCAGUGUUGGAGGAACCACCAGGCUGGUGGAAAGGUACAUGUUGCCUCAGGAAGGCCUUGGAUUCAUGCUGUCCAGCAAACAUGGCCUGGCAGAGUACAGCAGAGCCAGGAGCUCGCCUCAGCCCCAGCCCAAGCCCAAGCCCAAGCCCAGGAGCUCCCAGUCCCACACCCAGUCUCACCCACAGUCCCAGGGCAGACCCAGGGCAGAGCGCCCAGCCCACAACACCACCACGGCAGGCCAGGGCUAUGGAGCCUCCCACUCCCAGACACAUGGGAGCGCCGUCCAGGUAUCCUCCACCUCCUCCUCCUCCUCCUCCUCCUCAGCCCAGCGUGCGGAGAUGAAACAGGAGGAGGCACGGGGGGUGGAGACACCAGAGCUGCCCAUGGACAUCCUGAGCUUCCUGAAGAGCUGCAACUCCAAUGACCUGGCGACACUCUACCACCGCUGGGGCGCCGCCAACCCCCUACUGGACCCCACAGGAAUGCUGAGGCCUCUGGUCCGACAAGGGGAAUGCGCCUGCCAAGAGUGCGGGAAGAGCUUCAGUCAGCCCAGUCACCUCCGCACACACAUGAGAUCCCACACAGGGGAGAGACCGUUCCGAUGCCGCCUCUGCCCGUACCGAGCCUCUCAGAAAGGGAACCUGAAGACCCACGUCCAGAGUGUCCACCACGUACAUUUCGACAACGCCCAGUACCCUGAUUACAGACCACCGGGACUGGGCCCCGAGCAGGACGAGGAGCAGGGGGACUGGUUCUCACCCACCACCACCGAUCCACCGCGACCUAAUAACAGACCCACCAACGUGACAACCCCAGGGCCUAAGAUAGAGCUAGAGACUCCAUCCAUAUUCCCAACCCCUCCCCAAAGACAGCAGAGAGACCUGAGAGCUGUGUCAGAGACACCACCUGACAGAGUGACAUCAGCGUGAACUCAACCCCGUUGCCGUUUCAGAUUCAAAUAUUACCAGGAUUAUUUGAAAUGUGUUUUUUUUUUUUUAAAGAAAGAAAAGGAUUUCUUGGAAAGAGAAGAAAAAUCGGACACUGUGCAACCAAAUGCUGUUUUUUCCCUCUGUGGACCCAUGGGCAAGGAUGGCAUGGUGGCAUAGUGACGUCCCUAUAGCUUUCCGUUGUCCUAUUUUUCCCCAUUUGAUUUAGAUUGUGAUGAAAUGGUUUUGUGCAUUCCUCAGGACACUGAUCCCUUAAAAACACACGGCAGAAUGGAGCAGCCAAGUUGGUGAUGUUUACGCUGACUGAACUGAACACACUUAGCUAACCCUCCGAUUGCAGCUAACUUGACAAGCUUAAGACGGUGUGUGUGUGUGUGUGUGUGUGUGUGUGUGUGUUCUAUCCUCUAGAGGACCACUAUAAUGAGUCCAGUAUGAUUGGCUGAAGUGAAGUGACCACUACACGAUCUGACUCCGAGGCUGUUUGGCCGGUCAUUAAAGAGAGAGAACGAGAGAGCGAGAGAGAGGGAAGGAGAGAGGGCUAAUGACAGUGUGAGAGGAGGUGCCUGCUUUACUGCUCAUUAAAAAGAGUGUGCGCUUUUAAUGGGGGGGUAUAAGCGAGCGUGCUGUUUUAAUGGUCGUUCAAUUAUUGGGAGGAGAAGAAGAGGAGGCCGUUUUCUGAUCCCUCUGAUCCGAGCGUGGUCCUCUUCCCACACCCACACCUCCAACCUCAAAUUAGACCCACUUAAUGAAACCUCUUAGCAGGAACAAAGUGGUCGGACUGUUUGGUUCAAGUUGCCCUUACUCUCCUUUCUACUUGAAUAAGAGUAUACUCCUAAAAGCUAGUCCUCACAACAGUGGCUUUUUUUUGGGGGGGGGGAGUUGAGAGGUCAGGUGUCUAGAGCUUUCAGGGAGCAUUGAUGAAGACAGUGUUUUGUUUCUGAUGGCUACGGCGCCGUCGUAGGGUUGCUGUGUGUGUGUGCGGCUUGUGUGUUUGUGUGUGUGUGUGUGUGUUUUGCCCCUUCUUGAUUACCUCUGCGUAUUAGACUCCCUUUAGACGCUUUGCAUACUACCUCCUUUGCAAUAAAAGCUUGUUUUGGUUUUUGUACGGCCAGGUAUGAAGUGAGGACCAUAGCCAUGCCUUGUAUACUGUAUAUGUGAUAUAAGAAGAGGCUUCACUGUAACCAUAUGUGUGAUGUUUUUCUCAAAGUUGCAUUCACCCUCAUAAAACGCAUCCUGGAUUCAUAGCCAUGCCUAUGACUAUUGGAUUACAUUGAAAUGUAAGUACCUGGGUCCUGUUUGUUAGGGCAGACACCAAAAACAUUUUGCAACGGAAAACCAAAAUGAGCGUUUCUGAUUGGACAAAUCCAGAUGGGCCCUCCCUUUUUCAGUCCACUUUCUUCCGUUUGUUGCCUAAUGAACACCACCCAGGUGAGGUGACGCUCUAAUAAGUUAGUCAUUCUUGUUUUGGUGCAUGGAUGUCAACAUGUUUGUUCAGACAAGCAGACUAUUGUACAGACUGUCUUUUUGAGCAGACUUUGUGUACACCCAAGGCCACAUGCACAGUACAUGACACUGCAAAUGUCCAAGUGUGAGACAGAUAGCCAGAGAUAGAUAGAUAGAUAGAUAGAUAGAUAGAUAGAUAGAUAGAUAGAUAGAUAGAUAGAUAGAUAGAUAGAUAGAUAGAUAGAUAGAUAGAUAGAUAGAUAGAUAGAUAGAUAGAUAGAUAGAUAGAUAGAUAGAUAGAUAGAUAGAUAGAUAGGUAGGAAAAGAGUGAAUAAUUAUCAGCUGUUUAGAAUAAUAUUUUUGUGGGGGGGGUUCAAAGAUAUGGAAUUAUUGGCGUGGGAUAUAGUACUGUCUACUUUGAGACCUCGGUAGUAGUUUUUACAUGAACACAAGAUGAAACGAUUUCUGUAUCGGUUACUUGGUGUGGUUGGUUGAAUAUGCAUACAACAGUGUGCUUGAAUAUAGCUACACUUACUGUAUGUGUAUAUUAAAGAUGAGGAUAGUCAAAUACUUGAAGUGGAUAAUAUAGCCUAUCAAGUAGUGUCCUUAAUAAUUAGUGCCCUUAAAUACCGUUGUACAGAAUUACCCUUUACGAUGAACUCCUAAAAUAUACAUUUGUACUCCUUAAGUGUGACUUAGCAGAUAUGAGCAGACCACGCGGGAGUGAGAGAGUGAGUAUUUGUGCGUGUGUGCGUAUGUAAGUGUGUGUGUCUGUAUUUUCAUCUUACCAAACCUGUUACAGCGUUAGAUACCAAAUGGCAUUUCCGGUGCACUUAGACUAGGUUACUGCUUUAACCCGUUUAACUGUCUUCAUUUCAUUCGGUCUUUGAUUGGUUAAGGUGGUCCAGUUCAAUGUCACCUCUGGUUUUUAAUCAUUAUUAUUCUAAUAUUAUAGAUAUCAAUUAUUUAAUAUCAUUUGCUAUGUGUUUUUUGGGGGGGCGUUUGGUUUGUAUUACACUGCUUAGUUCAGUUUUCUAAUGGAAAAUGAUAGGUGGAUAAAUAUGUUUCAUAAAGAGUGCGUUUUUAGUCUCUCUCUCUUUGCUAAGAAAUGUGGACUUGUUCAGUAGAUAUCCAAGGGUGCCCUCCCAAAGAACUUGGUGAAAGUCUUUAUUUCUAUUUGGUUUUUUUAAACAAUGCCUCCAAGUUGUGUGUGUCUGUUGGCUUUUUAUUUGUAAUUAACUACAUUGUAAUUUUUCCGUAGAUGACAUUAUUUGAAAUGUAUUUGGUUGACAUCUGUAUUUAUUAGUUACAAGGAUCAGAGCAGAAGCAGACAGGAGUUGUUUUAUUUGAUUAUUUUCAGAUUUGUUUUUAUACUUCGUUUUCACUGUCCUUGAUGUGAAAGCUCUACCUCAUCUGAGGCCUUCUUCUGUUCUGUUAAAGUUUUGUACAUCGUUGCAGAAAAUGUAAUGUCCACAUUAAAAACACAAACAUGGCACCGUUCAA